AUGAUGGCACAAUCCGUGCCUCAUCAGUCGACGGACAAGAAGCGCGUCAAGGUCUACGAACUCCGUAACAAUGACUGGUUUGACCGAGGCACCGGCUUCUGUACCGCUGCUUUUACCCAGCAAUCCGAAGAGGGCCAUCCACGCGACCCUCGCGUCUACGUCGAGUCCGAAGACCAGCCCGAACGAUUGCUUCUUGAGACCAAGAUCUGCAAGGAGGAUGGCUUCCAAAAGCAGCAGGAAACCCUGAUAGUGUGGACCGAGCCAAGCAGCGGUAUUGACAUGGCACUCUCUUUUCAAGAGGCAGAGGGCUGCCAUCUGAUCUGGAAGUUCAUCAGCGGCAUCCAAUCGACCUUCCACGGUGGUAUUUCCGCACCCGGGGCGCCCGUUGAUGACAGCCUCUCAGACGACCUUGCCAUGGACAUGCCUAGCAACGUGAACAUGCCCACCGCCGAUCUCAAGAACCUUACCGAAAUCGAGCAAUGCAUGCGCGUAAUGAAUCAGACGGCCAACGGCCGCGACGCCUUGGCCAAGUUCAUCAUGAGCGACGACUACAUCGGCAAGCUUACCCCACUUGUCGAAAUGGCCGAGGACCUCGAAAGCCUGACCGACUUGCAUCGCUUGUGCAACAUUAUGAAAACAAUUAUCCUUCUCAACGACACCUCGAUCAUCGAACAUGCUGUAUCCGACGCAUGUCUCCUCGGCGUCGUUGGCGCCCUCGAAUACGACCCGGAUUUCCCCAGCCACAAAGCUAAUCACCGCCACUGGCUCGGCAACCGGGGUCGCUACAAGUCGGUGGUACCUAUUCGAGACGAAAGCAUCGAGCGGAAGAUUCACCAAACGCACCGCCUUCAAUAUCUCAAGGACGUCGUCCUGGCCCGCAUCCUCGACGACCCUACCUUCUCCGUCCUCAACUCUCUGAUCUUUUUCAAUCAAGUCGACAUCGUGCAGCAUCUGCAAGGGAACGCGGGUUACCUCAAUGAGCUGUUUGGCAUCUUCAGGGGGGCAGAGGUGGAAUCGCGAAAGAAGGACGCCGUCCUGCUCAUCCAGCAAUGCUGUUCUAUUGCGAAGAACUUGCAACCCCCAGCGCGCCAGACGCUGUACAACAACUUUAUCGCACAUGGCCUGUUGCAGGUCAUUAACUUUGGUCUGCGCUCAGCCGAUGUCGGUGUUCGGGUCGGCGCAACGGACAUUCUGGCGGCCAUGAUCGAGCACGACCCUCACAUGAUUCGGCAAACACUGUACCGCCAGAUCCAAGAAAACCAUCCACUACUCACCGAUUCCCUGGUGGAUCUCCUCCUCGUCGAGGCUGAUCUUGGGGUGAGAUCUCAGAUUGCCGACGCCCUCAGAGUGCUGCUCGACCAAGGACCGCCCGUUCAGGCACAGGAAGCCUUUGCCCGGGCCAACGGCGAGUUCCCUGGCAAGACACGUCUACCGCAAGCGACAGAAGCCAACCACGAGCUUCUGCUUGCCAACUUUUACGAGCACUCGGCGAGAAAACUGUUCAGGCCGCUCAUGGCGUUGGAGGGUCGGACAGAUAUGAACUUUACCGUGCAACAGGCAUCCAUGUUCACAUACCUCAUUGAGGUCCUCGGUUACUUCAUUCGCCAACACUUGCAUCGGAGCAAGUUCUUUGUCCUGCAGAACGAUAUCGCACAGCGUGUCGCCCAACUCCUCAGCUGUCCUGAGAAGUAUCUGCAGCUUGUUGGCAUACGGUUUUUCCGAAGCUUGAUUGGAUCUCACGACGACUUCUACAUCAAGCAUCUCACCGAGAAGAAUGUCUUCGGCCCAUUGCUGGAUGUGCUCAACGACACCAUGCCCCGGGACAACCUCUUGAGCUCCGCCUGCCUCGAGCUUUUUGAGUUCAUCAAGAAGGAGAAUGUCAAGGACCUGGUCAAACACUUGGUGCAAAACCACCGGGAGCAGCUGAUCCCUCUCAGCUACAUGGAUACGUUCCGGGAACUUGUUCUCCGAUUCGAUCAGACUCAAGCAGGCACAAUGGACUAUUACCUGGACAAGGAGGACACGGCGCGACGCCGCAGUCAAAACCCCCUGGUCGACUACCCCUCGGACGACGAGCCGGAUGAGAACCAGGAGAACGCCAUCGUGACGCCGCCCGCCGAAUCAAAAGAGACCAAAUCGACCGAUGCAACGCCACCAUCGACACCACCUGCUGUCGCUCCACCAGAGCGGCUAUCGGAGAAGCGACGGCGCGAAGAGGACGAGGAGGACGAACUGGGCAAGCUGAUGCAGAACAAGCGUCGCAACAGCAGCUCCGCAGGCUCGAACGCGUCCGUCGCAUCGUCAACAAGCAUGGUGAAGCGAAAGAAGGAUUUCCCCAAUAGGUCAAGUCCUUCCAGCGCGCCGAGGAAGAUCUCGAUCAACAUUUCUCCCUCGGUCAAGACUGGUGGCAACUCGAGGUCGGACGACGAAUCAUGA